AUGGGAAAUUGUAAUAUAAAUGAGAAGCAAGAGGAUUUGCUAGAAAGCAACAUUACCUCGAUAUCCAACUUCCAAUUUAUUGAUGCAAUAGGCAGAGGGGGAUUUGGCAAGGUAUGGAAGGUGAAAAAAAAGAAAAACAAGUUGCUUUAUGCGUUGAAAGUGAUGUCGAAGGCGAAAAUCAUCCUAAAGAAGUCGGUUUAGUCGGUUAUAAAUGAGAGAUAAUUGCUGAGUAAUUUGAGACAUGGAUUUUUGAUAAAUAUGCAAAGUGCUUUUCAAGAUAAGGAAUAUCUGUAUUUGGUAAUGGAUUUGUUAACAGGAGGAGAUUUGAGAUUUCAUAUAGGGAGAUUGAGAAGAUUCAAUGAAGAAUAAACAAAAUUUUUUGCUGCUUGUAUUAUAAUAGCUCUUGAAUACUUACAUUAAAAUGGGAUACUACAUAGAGAUUUGAAGCCUGAAAAUUUGGUUUUUGAUAGCAGUGGUUAUUUGAGAUUAACUGAUUUGGGUAUAGCAAGAAUAUGGAAACCUGAGAAUUCAGCAGAUACUAGUGGAACCCCAGGUUACAUGGCUCCAGAAGUUAUGUGUCGUCAUAAUCACGGAAUAGCAGUUGAUUAUUUUGCCCUGGGAGUUAUAGUUUACGAGUGCAUGUUAGGAAGAAGACCCUAUCUCGGAAGGAGCAGAUAAGAAAUAAGAGAACAAAUGUUAUCAAAAUAGGCAGCAAUUAAAAGAUAGGAAAUACCACCAGGAUGGAAUAUAUAGGCAGGCGAUUUUGCAAAUUAGUUACUCUAAAGAAAGCCCUAAAAUCGGUUGGGUUCAAAUGGUCCUGAUGAAGUCAAGGAACAUCCAUGGUUCAAAGAUUUUAAUUGGCAAAAGUUGGAGAACAAAAUUAUGGUAGCUCCAUUUGUUCCAAAUUGCAACGAGGAUAAUUACUUGCCGUCAGAUGGCAGAAAGGAUUCAGACGAUUCCCUUAGUUAAGAAUAAUAACUAUUGUUAAGACGUAACUCAAUAUAAGGUAUGUUGUAAUUAAACUACUAAGAUUUAUUUAAUGGGUAUGAUUAUGAUAGUAGUCAAUAACAAUCUUCAUAGAAUAAUCUUAUGAUUGUUUCAAGUUAAUCAUCAACCAGAUUGAGUAAGCCACCUACUUCCUCAAGCACUCCUAAGUCUUCUAAAUUAUGA